AUGGCCGUUCCAGUACUACGCCAGCCAAAGGUGCAACAGCACGAGAAAUCUAAACCCUUUAAUGACACGGCAGAUGUAAUAAUUACAUUAAAAGACCAAAAGAAGCUGGUAGUCUCUUCGGAUGCCUAUCACGGCAUAUUGAUGUCAAGUGAUAUGUACAAAUGUGUGUUUUGUGAUAGUGAUAUGCACAGAGACGCAGCGUAUAAAGAGCAACAUAAAAAUACAGAUAAGCACAAAGAAAAUUUACGCAACUACCCUCAUGUUGAUGGUUACGAUGAGAAUUUAGUGCGAAAACUAAACAAAGACACAUGGUAUUGUACAAUAUGCCGAGUAACAGUCUCCACUUCUUGUUUGUCACGUCACAUCAACAGCUAUGGUCAUAGGGAGGAGUUGAAGACAGCUAUCAGGAAAGCCACUGCAUAUAAGUAGUGUGUUAAACAUACAUUUAAAAUUAUUAACAGAAC